AAAGAAUCAACUUCCUGUUUUGCUGUCAACCCCUUUUUUUAUCACCUGACAAACAAAAUGAUACACAGCCUUUUUAUCAUCAACAACAGCGGUGAUGUAUUUAUGGAAAAACAUUGGAAAAGUGUAAUACAUAAAUCUAUAUGUGAUUACUUUUUUGAAGUCCAAAGCAAGGCUGUAUCAGCAGACGAUGUUCCACCAGUUAUUCCUACACCUCACCAUUAUUUGAUAAACAUCUACAGGAACCAGUUGUACUUUGUUGCUGUGGUAACCACAGAAGUGCCACCAACAUUUGUUGUUGAGUUUUUACACAGGAUUUGUGAUACUUUAGAAGACUAUUUUAAUGAUUGUUCAGAAUCUACAUUGAAAGAGCAUUAUGUUAUAGUUUAUGAGUUACUAGAUGAGAUGUUAGAUAAUGGUUUCCCUCUGGCUGUAGAAUCAAAUAUACUCAAAGAACUGAUUAAACCUCCAAAUUUGUUACGUACAAUAGCUGAUACAGUUACUGGUAAAAAUACUGGGGUCAGUGGAACACUACCAACAGGUCAAUUAUCUAAUGUUCCAUGGAGAAGAACAGGUGUUAAAUACGCAAAUAAUGAGGCUUACUUUGAUGUGAUUGAAGAGAUAGAUUGUAUUUUAGACAAAUCAGGAUCAACAGUCAUUGCUGAAAUACAAGGCUAUAUUGACUGCAUGAUCAAACUGAGUGGUAUGCCAGAUUUGACCCUCUCAUUCAUCAACCCACGAUUAUUAGAUGAUGUCAGUUUUCAUCCAUGUGUACGGUACAAAAGAUGGGAGAGUGAUAAAGUACUAUCAUUUGUACCCCCUGAUGGGAACUUUAGAUUAAUAUCAUAUCAUAUUGGUGCUAACAAUAUGGUUGCCAUUCCAGUAUAUGUCAAGCAGAACAUAAUGUAUAGAGAGGGUAGUGGAGGCAGAUUUGAAGUUACAAUAGGACCAAAACAAAACAUGGGCAAAACUAUUGAAAAUGUUACAAUGGAAGUGCCAUUUCCUAAAGCAGUAUUAAAUGUGACUUUAACACCAUCACAAGGAAAAUAUACUUUUGACCCGGUGUCAAAGAUUAUGACUUGGGAUGUAGGAAGAAUUGAUACUACCAAGCUACCAAAUAUCAAAGGAAAUAUAAGUUUACAGACAGGAUCGACCAUUCCAGAGAGUAAUCCUACAUUAAAUUUACAUUUUACAAUAAGUCAGAUGGCUAUUUCUGGGGUCAAGGUCAACAGAUUAGAUAUGUAUGGUGAGAAAUACAAACCAUUCAAAGGAGUGAAAUAUAUUACCAAAGCUGGAAAAUUCCAGAUCAGGACUUGAACAUAAAACUUUCUUGCAGUUUAAUUUUAUUUGUUGUGUUUUGAACAAAAAAGUGCAAUAUAAAUAUCUCUUUAUGCCUUGAAUGAUUCAUUUCAUGGUGAUGUGAUAUACAACAUUGUAAUGAAAGUUAUGUAAUUAAAUGUCAAUCUAGCGGAAUAAUGCAUUUUAUCUCCAUCUUAAGACAUACAUUGUACAUCAGGAAAGUAACAUGUAGGAAGUCAAGAAAUUAUUAUGUGUUAAGCGCAAUUUCAAAGUAAUAUAUUGUUAGAUAUGUG